UUCUCUGUUGCCUCAGCCACUUUCGAAGCGCUUCUGCUUCUCUGAAGGGCCCGGAUAUCUCGCUGUAGUGGACUACUUUGCUGCCUUGUGAUGUGGCGGAGGCUGAGGUGUUUGUGCGGUGGAUGGGGAGAGGGUAGCGAGGGCUGGGCGGGGAUUGGAUCUGGACAGUGUAAGGCCUUGGGCUGUCUUGAUGGGCGGUGCGGUUGUAACCGUGGGAGGGGUGUUUGGUCGGGGGUGCCAGAUAGGCAUGAGUGGGAAGCUGCAGGAGUGUACCAGUUCAGUGCUGCCGCGUGCGGUAGUAAGUAGAAGAGAUGCUGCAGAGUGCUUGCAGAAGGGCAAAUGAGAAAGUGUUGAAGGUGAAGCUUCGACGAGGUGUAGUAUUAAUAUUGCAAGAAAAUGGUCUACGCGGCGUAAGG